AUGGCAUUUGCUGAUCUGGAUCCCAUCAGUAAUAAAAAUGCACUGGACGCCCUUGAAUAUCUGAAACGAAACGAAUCUUGUUUGUUUGAAAAAGACUUUCAAAGUAUAACAAGGGAUGCUGCAGACGAAAGUAUAUUUCGGUUAGCCGAAAACAGCAGAUUUUUAACAUUUUACAUGAGCAAUUAUAUAACAAGCCACCAGUACCUAAGAUUAAGCAGCUACAUUAAAGAACGUGGAGAGAAAUGCAUUAUUAACAAAAGUGCACACUUUGAUUACUUACUUGUGCAUCGCCUUAUGAUGGACGUACUGGUUCAUAAGAGUAUUGAGGGUACCCCAAUAAGCAAGCAAAUAUCUCAGUUUUUACACAUCCCAGAAAAUAUCAUCACAGAAAGUUUUCACAAGCGGGAGGAAUUUUUGAGGAAUCUGCAACAGAAAGGAGAGGAAAUACCUAACAAACAGGUCAAAUGGCUUUGGAAAUUCCAUAGGCAUGACAUUGUGAGAUCAUGCAUAGGACUUCAUCCUCAUUCGGAUAUAUAUAUUAUCAACCAAAAAGCAUAUAGAAAGCAUAGUGAAUACCAUGAAUACUCUCCGAGUGUCAGAUGUUUGUUAUACAGCUUACUCUUUGCCGAAAACAACAAACUCAAUCUUAAUGAUGGCGCAUACAAAAAGAUAAUGCUAAAAAUAAGAGACAAAUUCUUGCCUAAACAUUCAAUUUCUGAUGACGAAUUUAAUUUACUAGAUGUAAUCGUCAAAAGCCAGAGCGGUGAAGUAACUUUUGCCUCGGCUGAUAUCCGUCAUAAGGUCAUGUACGCAUUUGUAACAGAGUGUCUAAUGGAGGACGUUAAUUUGGAGUUUUUCCUGAAAGAAGCAUCGAAGAAGGUAAUAUUUGAAUACUGCAGGUCUUGGAAUUAUGAAAGGAAGGACGGAGAGAGAUGUUUGUAUGUGCCAAACAAACCUGUGGAAAUGUAUGAUCACUUCAUAGAAAGACUUGAUCUGGAUAUCAUCAAACAAUGUACAAUUUCCGAUUGGACUAUUCGCAACAUUGCCAUUGAAAAAAUGAAGGUUCCUUUAGAAAUAACGAACCGAGAUCAAAAAGCCAGAGAACGUUACGUUGAAUACGCCAAGAAAGGAACACAAAAUGUGCAUCACUCAAGAGCGAUGAUUGUGGGAUGUGCAGGAGCCGGAAAGACAACGCUACUGAAACGACUUCUGAAACGUAGUAAUAAUGAAAUAUUAAACGUAACGACGACAAAAGGCCUGGAAGUUCAUGAAGAAAUAUUUGAGAUUUCGGAUGAAUCUUUGAAAG